CUGGCCCGGCACGUCCUCUUCGUUUCCACCACGCAAAGAAAGGAUUCUGGACACAGCAAAACCUGAUGAGCGGCUUUAACUUGGAUUUUUGGGCCAUGUUUGCCGUCGGGCUCCACAACUAAGUUUUUUUUUUUUUUUUUUUUUUUUUUUCCCCCUCGCUGCCAGCCCUGUGCGCAAAACUUUCAGUGCACCUUUUCCUGCGGAGGGCAAACGGGAAUUCCAGUGUGGUGCCGCGUUCGUGUCUCUGCAGCUCGGCUGCGGCGUCGGAUGUUUAUGGUGCAACUUUACCACGUCGGGCGAGCCCCAGAAACCGUGAAAAUGAUCGCGGAGAGGGGAUGAGAGCCCUUCUCUCGUCGCGGACAGCGGAGCGGCUAUGAGGAUUUAAGUCUGCUCUUAGGGCUAACGGAACCAGACCACACCGGACCAACAGAAUGCGGGAGCGGGGCCCUUGUAUGUGUAGAGUCGGUGUGUGGAGUCUACUACUGUCACUUUGUCUGGCCUCCCUCACUCACGCACACAGGAGCCACACGGUGCACGUGAAGGCAGGCACGUGCGAGGUGAUCGCCGCCCAUCGCUGCUGUAACAAGAACAAGAUUGAGGAGCGAUCUCAAACAGUCAAAUGUUCCUGCUUCCCUGGACAAGUUGCUGGUACUACUCGGGCCAUGCCCUCUUGUGUUGAUGCCUCCAUUGUUGCCCAGAAGUGGUGGUGUCAAAUGGAGCCAUGUAUGGAAGGUGAGGAGUGUAAGGUUCUUCCGGACCUCACAGGAUGGAGCUGCAGCACUGGCAACAAAGUCAAGACUACAAAGGUGACACGAUAGUUCAAAAAGACAAGUACCGUGGUGGCUGCAGUGUUUAUGCAGCACAAAGGACCUGGAAGCACAGUGCAAGUGUACUCUGAUGAACUUCAGUGAAGAUUUCGUUUCAUCCGGAAGACGUCCAAGGAAUGGCGGCCGAAAAGCCAAGACUUCCAUGUUGCCCAACUGACCCAAACUGUGUCACUGGUGCUUGGCUGCAAAGGACUGCGGAAAACAACAUAUUUUACUGAGACAGCAACUUCGAAAAGUGAACUAUGACCUGAAAACUACUAGGUAAAAGACGUUUUUCCCUCCAGCAAGCUGUAUUAUUCAAACCUCUUCUAUGACUUAGUAGUGUUCCGUAUACACACUGAGAAUGACUGGGCUCCGAAUUUUAGUAAGAAAACAUGAAUAUAAAGAUGGCUCAUGUACCUGUCGUGUACACUAUAAAAUUCAACACACCAUGAAAUAUUCAAAUCUCUUAAAACGUUUCCUAAUAACGAAACCUCUCCAUCAAAGCUCUAAAAAUGUCACCUUCUUAGGAAUAUUUUACUUUGAAUAGUUUGUGGUUUACCAAAUUAUUUUUUUUAAUGGGCUGUCUUUUUUUCUGUUCAGGGUUGAGUUUAGACUGAUAUCAAGUAAAUGUUAUGUUAAAUGGUAUACAUGUAAAAAUGGUUCAUGGAUUCAGUGGGACUAAAAGUAAAUUGAUGCUCAAAUGGUUUUAAUAUCUGUGUUUUUAAACACUUGUUAACUGCUAUUGAGUAUGUGUCAGUAUUAUAUGAAAUGAA